GGGUAAAUGGCGCCGUCUAGUGGUAACUUUGAGAUAUUGCAACUCUGAGCCUACAAUUCCCACGAAGAAAGUAGUUCCUUACUACGUAGUCUUUCAACGGAUCUGGGAACUGGGCCGACAGCAAAGUUUGAGGCUGGAGAAACACGUAGCCACCCGGGUAUGUGAAGUGUAGAUGGAGUGAGAGUGACGCCGAGAGCAGAGGUCCAUGAAUCGGGUGUAGAUUCACUGUAAACGCCGCUGUACGGUACACAGUCCAACUUUGGAUGGAGUUUAUUUGUUUUUUAAACGCAGCUGUGAAGCAACUGAGGGGGAUCGGAAUUCACCGGUAGGGGGGGAGAAAGGUGAAAAGAGGAUCCACAGUCAACCCAGCAACACUUUUUUAAAAGUCUUUUUGGUUUGAAUUACGUCAAAAAACAUUCAAAGAUUCAAAGACUACAGUCGAUGAAGAGGAUCUUUUACUGAACCGAGGAUCCACGACCAUCUCCUCUGGGCUGCAGCCGCUCUGACUUCUACCAGAUUCAGCCAUGGCGAAAAAGUACGAUUUUCUGUUCAAAUUGUUGCUCAUCGGCGACAGCGGGGUGGGAAAGACCUGUCUGAUCAUUCGUUUUGCUGAGGACAACUUCAACUCCACCUACAUUUCGACCAUAGGCAUCGACUUUAAAGUUAAAACCAUUGAAGUGGAUGGAAAGAAGGUCAAACUCCAAGUCUGGGACACAGCAGGACAGGAGAGGUUCAAGACCAUCACCACAGCGUACUACAGAGGAGCCAUGGGCAUCAUCCUGGUCUACGACAUCACGGACGACAAAUCCUUCGAAAACAUACAGAACUGGAUGAAAAGCAUCAAAGAAAAUGCAUCAGCUGGAGUCAGUCGAAUGUUGCUAGGUAAUAAAUGUGACAUCGAGGCGAAGCGGAAGGUUUCCAAGGAGGUAGGGGAGAAGCUGGCCAAAGACCAUGGUAUCAGGUUCUUCGAGACCAGUGCAAAGUCCAGCAUUAAUGUGGAGGAGUCUUUCCUGUCUUUGGCCCGAGACAUUCUACAGAAAACCAGCAGAAAACCAGGACCGAUGGGCAGAGAAGUGAAGAUAACCAGCGGUGCAGAGAAAAAGUCUUCAAAGUGCACUCUGCUCUAGACCUGACGUCGACUCUGCUACCAAACAAAGUACAACGCUAAUUUAUCGUCCGCACCGCAUUCACGACACAACACUUUUUCUGUCUUCAUCUGUGCCGAACACACACAGGUUUCCACCAUACGAUUGGGUUCUCUUCAUUAUUCAUUUUCUAAUGCAAAAUGUGCAGGUUUUCAGUCAAAGCUAUGACGUUUUUACCUUCACUUUUUAUGUUGGUUUUUUACUCCUAUGUAAACAAAGUCUGUUCGCCCUAAAUUUCAGGAAAAAUAUAUUAUAAACUUUUAAUAGUAUAAUAUAGAGAAGGGGGGGGGGGCUAUAAAGUUAUACCUGAAUCCUCUUGUCCCCAAAACCCAAUUCCUGUGAGUAUAUUAUCAUCAUGUUCAACUAAACAGGCCCAGGUUUCACACUGACUAAAUUGAAUUUAGCAGAUCGUUAUAUUUCAGUUUAUUUUUUUUUUUUCCAGACAUUCAGUUUGGUGAUGCACCUAGGGAGUUUUGAGUGGUAAAUAAGUGCAAAGGUUGUGAAACACUGCUUUAAGUAACAACCAAACUGUAGGGACCUAAGUUUGAAAAAUUUGGCAUUAGACCAAAUAUUUUUUGCCACCCACAUUCCGAUGCUGACAGAGUUACUGUCACAUUAAACUUCCACUUCUACGGAGCCCCUGAAACUGAAACUUUCAGGUGAGCACGUGAAUUUAUUUUAUUUUUUUCCCCCAUGUCCCUUACUUUCAAAAUGUAUCAAGCGGACCAGAUUGAACUCUAUAGCGGGCUGAUUUUGGCCCACGGGCCAUAUGUUUGACACCCCUGCUUUUAAGCACUGUAAACAAAGACAAUUUAAUGGGACCAGUUUGGUCAUUUUCAGUGAGUUUUGGUUGUAGGAGUUCAUUAUGUUUUUAACGUCUGUUUUAUUACAGUUUGUAGACGAGGCUCCUGUUUUCAGACUUUAACCCAAAACAAGUUUCGAGUUCUUUUCUUUUUCAUUUCUUUGAGAUCUUUGCCAUUCCCCUGAUUCUGGCACAUUCCGGUUUGUUCAUUGGAGUGCAAUAAACCGUUCGUCACUCUGCA